AGGAAGACUCUGCUCUGGACUAUAAACAGUCUAUAGUUCUGGACCAGUCUAUGGUUCUAUCUAUAGUUCUGAACCAGGUUCUCCAUCCAGAAGGUUCCCAAGUGGAACCAGCUGUGAACCAGAACCAGUCCAGAUAAAGAUCUCCGGUCUUGUUUGUGGACGAGAGAAGAGACGUUCACUGACAGUUUGGGAAAUGGCUAAUAGUGCCUGGUCAGAGAAAGUAGUCCGCCUCCUCCGCCGGAUGAAUAACUUUUAUCUCCCAGGCUCCUGUCGGGAUCAGUGCUUCAGGUUUGAGAUAAACGGAGCUCAGGUGGGCUGGAUUCCUCCUCAUGUGGCGUCCGUGUUGACCCGGUUCCCGGAGGUGUUCGCUCCGCCUCACGGGGGCGCCGUGUCCCUGCGUGGAGGUCUGGACUCCCACAGCAGCAGGUCUGAGGCUGUGGACUCGCUGCUGCAGACUCUGAGACUAGAAGAAGAGUCACCGAGCUGUCUGAAGGGGUGGAGGGACGAGAAGUACAACGUGAUGCCAACGUUUUCAGACCCGUCUCUGAUGUGGAUGGAAAGAGCUGCUACAAGUCUGUUUGGUGUGAAGCGGUAUGGAGUCCAUAUUAACGGCUACACAGUCGGUGAGAGUGGGGAAGUCAACAUGUGGCUGGCCAGACGGUCCCCCACCAAGCAGACGUUCCCCGGAGUACUGGACAACCUGGCAGCAGGAGGUCUGGCUGCCGGCGCUGGGAUCAAACACACUCUGGUCAAAGAGUGUCUGGAGGAAGCUCGUAUCCCGGCAACCAUCGCUGAGAAAGCUCGACCUGUAACCACAGUAAGCUACACCUACGAGGAUGAAGACGGAGUGUUUGCAGAAAGUCAGUUUGUCUUUGAUCUGGAGCUUCCUCUGGAGUUUCAGCCCAUAGUCGGAGACGGAGAGGUGCAAGACUUCUACCUCUUCCCCAUAGAAAAGGUGAAGGAACUUCUGGCCACUGAUGACUUCAAACCAAACUCUGCCAUGGUGGUUCUGGAUUUCCUUAUCAGACACUCGUUUAUUGAACCAGACUCAGAGCCACGCUAUCAGGAGUUUGUGGCUGGACUCCAUCAGACGUUAUAGAGGGAUUCUAAAGGACUGAAACCACCGUCAAAGGCCAAGACACAUUGGAGGAGCGUUCCCA